UAAACGGAGAGGGAGUCCUAGUGCAAGACCAGCACACACACACACACAAAAAAAAAGGGCAAAACAGAAGAGAAGCAGCUGAAUCUGAUUCCUUCUUCUGGUUCUGGGUUAGGUAAAUCACAAACAAAACUCAAAACAAACAUAACCCAUUCUUCUGAGACGUCCACUUUCCCAGUUCCUACCAAAACUCCCAAGAAUCCCAGGCCAACCAAUCGCCAUCAGUCCUCCCUUUAUCUCACACCCGUCUGCUUCUUUCUACUUAAGCAUACCAUCGCAAUCAAACCCAGAAACCAAAAGCUUUUUCAAUUACCAAUGGGUGCGAUAAAGUCGGCGAUUAAUGAUGUUUUGCUCACAUUCAUGUGGGUCUUUUGCUCGUCAAUGUUCGGCUUGUUUACUAGCCUCAUAGCUACCGCGCUCGGCGUUCAGCACCAGUUUUGGGUUUCUUUGUUUAUUACUACCUUUAUUGUUUUUGUAUUUGUUUUCUUGUUUGGUUUGAUCGCUAAUUUAUUGGGUGGAGCCAGUUUUAAUCCCACUGGUACUGCUGCUUUUUAUGCUGCUGGGUUUGGUGAGGAUAAUCUCUUCUCUAUGGCUCUCAGAUUCCCUGCUCAGGCAGCAGGUGCUGUGGGUGGUGCACUGGCGAUCUUGGAGGUGAUCCCACCACAGUAUAAGCACAUGCUUGGAGGCCCUACCUUGAAAGUUGACUUGCAUACCGGAGCCAUUGCUGAGGGGGUUUUGACAUUUUUAAUUACCUUUGCUGUUCUUGUAAUUAUCCUUAGGGGUCCUCGUAACUCACUGGUGCAGCAUUGGUUGCUUGCCGUUGUAACUGUAACUUUGGUUGUCUUAGGUGCCAAAUACACUGGGCCUUCCAUGAAUCCUGCUAAUGCAUUUGGGUGGGCAUAUAUAAACAAGUGGCACGACACAUGGGAACAGUUCUAUGUUUAUUGGAUUUGUCCCUUCAUAGGAGCAAUAUUGGCUGCAUGGAUGUUCCGCCUCGUCUUCCCUCCACCUGCACCAAAACAGAAGAAAGCCUGAAAGAGCACAGUCAAUGUUAAUUAUUACAUAAAUAGAGAAGCUGGGUGUGAGUGUAAUAAAAUAUUUAACUCUUCCUUCUUGGCUCUUGAGACCAUCUUCAUUUAAGUUGCUUGUAGUGAUGUCAAUUGGCAAAUCUCUUCUUCCCCUGUACUUGCCUUCUUGCCAUUAUUAAUUUCUUAUUUUCGAUGUGA